UGUGCAAAUGAUUCCAAACAUAAUUUCAUUCCCAAUAAAUAGUGUGGAGAACGACCUCUUGAUCUUUUGCAGGGUGAAUUAAUGAAGAAUAUUAAGUUGAGUGACGUUUUGAAGAAGGCCAAGCCAUACUUAGCUGCCAUCCUUCUAAGAUUUCUGGGUGCACCUUUGGUUGUCAUAGCAAAGAUUGCAUUGAACCAUGGCAUGAGCCCCUUCGUGUAUUCUCUCUAUCGUUAUUUUGUUUCCGCCAUUGUUGUAGCUCCAUUUGCCUUACUCCUUGACAGAAAAAGAAGACCACAGAUGACUUGGCCCAUCUUUGCCAAGAUUCUAUUGCUCGGCUCCAUGGAUUGUGUGGUUCUCCCCAACAUGUAUUUCAGUGGUUUGAAAUAUGUAACUCCAACUUUCUCCAUUGCUAUGUCCAAUGCUGCUCCUGCCCUUUCCUUCUUUUUCGCAGUCACCCUCAGGAUGGAGAAGGUUGAUAUCAGGAGAUUUUCGUCCCAGGUAAAGAUAUUGGGAACUGUAGUGGCAGUGGGAGGGGCAAUGAUAAUGACCUUUUUUAGAGGCCCAAACUUGAGAUUUCCAUGGACAAAAUUACAAGACUCACACAAUAAUCAUCACUCUAAUAAUUCAACUUCUCCUUCAAACACCCAUCAAGAUUCUUUCAAGGGUGUCAUUUUGGUCACAAUUUCUUGUCUCUGCUCUUCUCUUUCAUGCAUUCUCCAGGCAGUUGUAUUAAAAUCAUAUCCAGUGGGGCUGAGUGUGACAGUUUUGGUGAGCUUGGUGGGAGUUGUGGGAGGAGCUGUGGCAGCUUUAGCAAUGGAAUGGAACAACUCUUGUGCUUGGGCAAUUCAUUUUGAUUUUCAACUCUUGGCCAUCCUUUAUGCUGGAACAAUAAUCUCAGGGCUUUCGUACUACGUUCAAGGAGUUGUAAUGGAGGAAAAGGGGCCUGUGUUUCUAACAGCAUUUGUCCCUCUAGGCACCGUCAUGGUUGCAAUCAUAAGUUCAUUCGCAGUCUCGGAGAUUUUGUCUUUGGAAAAGGUUUUGGGAGGAGUGGUGAUAGUAGUAGGUCUUUAUUUGGUUAUGUGGGGCAAAACCAAAGAUUCCGCCAUUGUCGAUAAGGCAGCUAAUAAUUCUUCACAGAGCUUUGAGGCUUCGGAUCACCAUCAAGAUGAUCAACGACUCAAAGCAGCUGAUGGGGUUGCUAGGGCUGGUUUCGUUUGA